GUCGCGCGGCUUCCUCCCCGCCGCGGGGAAGGAGCCGGAAGUCCGGCGGUCUCCCGGCGUCGAGAUGGAGGAAGGAGGGUACGAGUCGGUUCUCUGUGUCAAGCCUGAGGUGCACGUCUACCGCAUCCCGCCGCGGGCCACCAACCGUGGUUACAGGGCUUCGGAGUGGCAGCUGGACCAGCCAUCAUGGAGUGGCCGGCUGCGGAUCACUGCAAAAGGGCAGGUGGCCUACAUCAAGCUCGAGGACAGGACCUCAGGGGAGCUUUUUGCUCAGGCCCCUGUGGAUCAGUUUCCUGGCACAGCGGUGGAGAGUGUGACGGAUUCCAGCAGGUACUUCGUUAUCCGCAUCGAAGACGGAAAUGGGCGACGGGCAUUUAUUGGAAUUGGCUUCGGGGACCGAGGUGACGCCUUUGACUUCAAUGUUGCCUUGCAGGACCAUUUCAAAUGGGUGAAGCAGCAGUGUGAAUUUGCAAAACAAGCCCAGAACCCAGACCAAGGCCCCAAGCUGGACCUAAGCUUCAAGGAGGGCCAGACCAUCAAGCUCAACAUUGCGAACAUGAAGAAGAAGGAAGGAGCAGCUGGGACUCCCCGAGCCCGGCCCGCCAGCACAGGAGGCCUGAGCCUGCUUCCCCCUCCCCCAGGGGGGAGAACCUCUACCCUGAUCGCGCACCCUGGGGAGCACUUGUCCGUGGGGGGCUCUGUGAUCCAGCCAGCAGUUGUUCCCAGUUCAGGAGGUGCCACUGUGUCCUGGCCGCAGCCCAAGCCUGCCACUGCUGCCACCGCUGACAUCUGGGGAGACUUUACCAAAUCCACAGGGUCGACUUCCAGCCAGCCUCAGCCAGGCACCGGCUGGGUUCAGUUCUGACCAGAGCACAACUCUGUCAUGUAACUUCUGGAAAGGAGCCACCUCAUCUGGGCUGAAGGAAGGAGGGUGAAGCAGUCCCUGGCCAGCCUCUUCUUUGGAGAUGACGCUCCUCCCUUCCUUACCUGAACUCUCUUGACAGAUUGGGCACGUUAAGCAGUAAAUUGGUACCAUGUCACAGUGGUUCCUGGGAUUCAAGGAUGCAGCCGGAACACCGGAGGAGAGAGUUCCAGGAUCCCUGUCCCUGUCUGUCCUCUUGACACAAGAAAGACUGAGACUGCUUCUUCCCUCACAAUGACCAUAUUAAAUACAAGCCCCGGGAAAAGAAGGGAAUGAAUGUGUCGCCUGGAUUCAGAUCAGCCCUUCCCCGGGGUUACAGGUGUCAUGCGAUCACUGUUUGGAAGGGGGCUCUCUGCACUCCCAUUGGCUGUAGCCACUGCAGUCCUGGCGCCUUUUGAGGAGGGGUUCCUUCGGGAUUCUAGCAGGAUUAUAGGCAGCAGCUUGAACAGUCCGGAAGGAAGUCAAGGGUAUUAACCAGCUUUUAAAAAAUGUUUUAAUACUUGCUUUUGCUAAUGUGCUGAAAUGCACUAACUCAUUGUCUUUGCAAAAAGGACUGGUUGCAGGAGGCCCCCAAGGUGCUUCGGAAAGCAUUCCUCACCAUCAGCCACAGGAGCUGCUGUGAGCUUUGGGAAGCUGUGUUUAUCUCGGCCAUGUGCCUGCUGCCCAUGCUUGCCAGGCCAGGCGGGCACUGGAAGCCAGCUGGGACAGUAUUUGGGCCAGAAAGUGGUGGCUGUUCUCAUGGAGGUGGGGGUUCGGCCUUCCCGUCCAUUGGCAGCUCUCUGGAUUCACAGGCUUACUGUGUGGUUCCUGGCGGCUUGGGUUUGCUCCUUGGUGGUUUCCGAAGUGCCUUGUCUGCAGACAGCUCUUGCUUUCUCUUCUCCUUCAGGGACUGUGCAUGACAGAAGCAGUUCUGAAGCAGCUGGAAGUCUAGGGUUGCCUGUGUUCCUGGUUUAUGAGAAUUUUAUCUGAGCACAUCUUUAAAAUUGCUUUUAUCGACAUACGUUACCUCUUAAUUGAAAGGUUUCUAAAGGGUCAAGGUGAUGAACUGAAAAAAAUGCUGACCUUUUUAUGGGACCAGAUUUCUAAGAUAAAAAAAUAAAUAUUUUUUUCUCUGUCA